GGUUAAACCCCUGGCUUAGAUCGAGGAAAAUAAAAACCAAGCAGAGCUGAAUUUUAUCUCUGUUCGCUGAGUGGGAGGCCUGCUGCUGUCCAAUCAGAUAACAGAAUGAUAUGAGAUCGAAAUGUUGAACUCCUGGCAGCUCUUGAAACAUCCUGCACGAUGAGUGUUGCAAUGGAAAGACAUAUUCAGCAAACCAAUGAAAGAUUGCAGUGCAUAAGAGAGGCUUUAAACACCCCUGGAGGUUUCCAGAAUGCUGCCAGAGAACUCCUCGAAUGGUGUGGAGACAGCAGGGCCUUCCAGAAAGCUUUCGAACAGUCCCUCAUGGGAUGCCUGACGGUGGUCAGCAGAGUUUCUUCUCAUCAUGGAUAUGAUUUAGAUCUUGGUUACCGACUUCUUGCUGUGUGCGCCGCACAGAGGGAUAAGUUUUCGCCAAAAUCCGCAGGUAAGCAUUUUUUCGAUCUUUUUUGCAUGAUUUAAUAUUAUUGCAUUCUGCGGGUUCGCGGAUUUGGAGUCUCUCACGACAACGCCUGACGAAGAAUCAAAACGCAAUUUAUUAGCCAGUAAUUACACAGGAGAGUUCCAAAGAUGCGUUUGCAAUCGUCGAAAAAUUACGAUAAACACGCUGAAACAAUCAAUAACACAGCCAUCAGGCUACAACGGUGAAGACAGCUUCACUGCAAAGCACUAAAGUACAGCUCCCGACUCGGUUCGGUCGCUAUCGGAGCUCAAGACACUACUACUGAAAUCAACGUGCUCUCGAUACCCACCACGAUAUAACUCCAGAUACAUAUACUCCGCUUACAGUCAGGUUUUAUUAUAGCUUUUGGCCUGUCGUGGAGAACAUUCAGAGACACUGCAAGAAAACGUUAAAGUAACGAAUAUUUUCCGAAAAAAAUUCGAAUUACAAAAGCAAACGAUUUGAAGAUUUUUUCCUAGCUUCUUUAUCCAAGUUUCGUUUUUUAUUUAUUGCAGACGAUUUUAAUUAGAAAUUAGGAAAAUGUCCGGUCAA